AUGUACGCCGCUCAGAAUAUAACGCCAACAGUUUUGGAUGCCAUGAACGGAAAUGUUUCCGAAUGGUAUAACGAAUGCGACAAUGCCAUUAGAAGGUCAGAAAUAGUUCCUGGAACUUACGAAUAUACAACUGCUGUUUCUUAUGGAAACGUAGGUGAGUUUGGAGAAGGUUCUUCAACAACAGUAGAUAUUGCUUGCGACAGGUUUCAUAUAAUUUCUAUUGACAACUCAUUCUUAUACGUGGAACAAGACAUUGAAAUAAAACCUUCUGCCAAGUUGUCUGACAAGAAAGGUUGCAAUGGAAUUUUCUAUGUCGGAUACCAAUAUGCUCCAGAAGUUUUCAUGGGAUAUAAGAUAUAUUCUAACUCUGACUUAGUUCAAACAGUAACAUGGGCAAACUAUGAAUGGUUCGCUUUGAGAAACUCAGUACAACCACAAGCUAGAGAACAAACAGACCAAUAUGCAACUAUUGAGAAAAUAAGAAGACUUGACCCUAACGUUCCAGGAGUUUAUGUUAACCUUUCUGGACAAACUGCAGCAGCAGUAACCAAAGUAAAACUGAAACUUAGAGUUCCUUUGUCAUCUUUCCUCAUCUUCAGGUUUUUAAGAUACUUGCCAAACUGGGCAGGAAAAAUUUCUAUCGAACUUACUCCAAGCAAAAAUAACUUAGUCAUUGCACCAACACAAGACCCAUUCACUAUUACAGACGUAGCUGGAACUGGUGGAGCCAAGUUCUGUGACUUUUGCAAAGACAAAGUUGACUUAGACUUUGGUUUCUCAAACUUCAACACUGAAGUAAACUAUUAUUUCAAUGCUGCUGGAACUGCUUGGGACCCAGUUAAGUUCACAUGCGAAAAAUUUGAAUGCAAGAGAAUAGAAAGCAGACUUGCAGUCUAUAUGUUGGACCCAGAUAUUUCAAAUGCUUUAGCUGCCAAAUAUAUUGCAGUUCCACUUAU